AUGAACGCCAUAGCACUGUCCAAAACUGUUUCCCAUAUUAUUCCUCAAACAAUCCGAAGCUCUCUGAGCUGGAACCUGUAUUCUCCAAACCCACGAUUUUCCCCUAAACCCCCUUCGUUUUUGGCUACCAAUCUCCUCAAGUCCUACUUCGAUAAAGGUCUCAUCAGAGAGGCCCGUACACUGUUCGACGAAAUGCCCGAGAGAGACGUUGUUGCUUGGACAGCCAUGAUAUCGGGGUACACUUCUUGUAACCUCUACCCAUGCGCAUGGGCAGUUUUCUAUGAGAUGAUGCGAGAUACUAGUGUCCACCCAAAUUUCACGGGCNGAGAUACUAGUGUCCACCCAAAUGAAUUCACAUUUUCAAGCACAUUGAAGGCUUGUAAAGGCAUGAAGUCACCUUCUUGUGGCGCUUUAGUUCACGGGCUGGUAAUCAAGCAUGGCAAGCAUGAAAGCAUGUAUGUUGCCAAUGCACUCUUGGAUGUAUACUCUACAUUGUCGGCUAGCAUGAAAGAUGCUUGUAUGGUGUUUAGCGAAAUCAGUGAGAAAAACGAUGUGUCUUGGACAACAAUGAUUGCUGGAUACACUCACCAGGGCGAUGGCUAUUGUGGCCUUCAAGCUUUUAAGCAAAUGCUAUUGGAGGGAGUUGAACCAAAUGCAUUUAGCUUUUCAAUAGCUAUUAAAGCAUGUGCUUUGAUCAGUCCAUUUUCAAAUGGAAGGCAUCUCCAUGCUGCAGUAAUCAAACAUGGAUUUGAUUUUAACAUUCCUGUGAUGAAUUCCAUUUUAGACAUGUAUUGCAGGGGAGAUAACUUAAACGAAGCAAACCACUGUUUUCAUUGCAUGCCUCAGAGAGAUAUAAUCACCNAAGAU